CUGCUACAGUGUAUUGUAACAUACAAUACACGUGUCUGUCCUCAGUGAAGUGUCUCUUCACGCUGGAGGAGGAGUCCCGCUCAUCAGCGCUCACACUUUAUUGAUAUAUAUGGAGAAAAUCAAAAUGCUGCUUUCUGAUUUGUCACUGAUUGUGUUUGAUGAUUUCCUCUGUUGUGUCUAAUAAGGGAACAGUGAGUGUCAUUGGCAGCUGUGAGUCUCUCUCUCUCUUUAGGGGGCUGACAGGAGCCAGUUUCUUCAGUGUGUUUGAGGAGCAGACGAGAAACUUGUGCUGACAGAGUCAAACGGUCUGAUGAGCAGAAGAAGAUGGAGGAAUGUCUGACAUUUGUUUUAUUCUGUUUCAUAUCAACUCUAACCACAUCUGAUUCUGUGAGGUUGGUUAGUGGUCACAGUCCCUGUAGAGGUCGAGUGGAGGUUCUUCACAGAGGUCAGUGGGGAACAGUAUGUAGUAAAGGCUGGGAUAUGACUGAUGCUGCAGUGGUGUGUAGAGAGCUGGACUGUGGAGAAGCUGUACAGGCUUUGGGUAGUGCUCAUUUUGGAGAAGGAUCAGAUCCAAUCUGGAUGGAUGAUGUGGCCUGUAGUGGGUCAGAGUCAACACUGAAGAACUGUACAUCAAAAGGAUGGGGUGAAAGUGACUGUGGUCAUGAUGAAGAUGCUGGAGUUAUCUGCUCAGGAGUCAGACUAGUUGGAGGUUCUCGCUGCUCUGGGAGGUUGGAGAUACUUCAUAAUCAGACGUGGAUGUCAGUGUGUGACGCUGUCUUUGACCAGCAGGAUGCAGAGGUUGUGUGUAGAGAGCUGGACUGUGGGGCUCCUGUACAGGUGCUGGGAGCAGCUGCUUUUGACAAAGGAGACACUCAGAUGUGGACACAAGAGAUUCAGUGCAGAGGAAAUGAAUCAAACAUUCGAUUGUGUCCAACUUCACAUGACAUACAGUGCUCUCAAGAAAACAGUGUGGGAUUGUUAUGUUCCGAUUCUGUGAGGUUGGUUGGUGGUCACAGUCCCUGUAGAGGUCGAGUGGAGGUUCUUCACAGAGGUCAGUGGGGAACAGUAUGUGAUGAUGAUUGGGAUAUGACUGAUGCUGCAGUGGUGUGUAGAGAGCUGGGAUGUGGAGAAGCUGUAGAGUUUCUGAAUAAUGCACACUUUGGACAAGGAUCAGGAACAAUCUGGAUGGAUGAUGUGGCCUGUAGUGGGUCAGAGUCAACACUGAAGAACUGUAGAUCAAAAGGAUGGGGUGAAAGUGACUGUGGUCAUGAUGAAGAUGCUGGAGUCAUCUGCUCAGGAGUCAGACUGGUUGGAGGUUCUCACUGCUCUGGGAGGUUGGAGAUACUUCAUGAUCAGACGUGGAUGUCAGUGUGUGAUGCUGUCUUUGACCAGCAGGAUGCAGAGGUUGUGUGUAGAGAGCUGGACUGUGGGGCUCCUGUACAGGUGCUGGGAGCAGCUGCUUUUGACAAAGGAGACGCUCAGAUGUGGACACAAGAGAUUCAGUGCAGAGGAAAUGAAUCAAACAUUCGAUUGUGUCCAACUUCACAUGACAUACAGUGCUCUCAAGAAAACAGUGUGGGAUUGAUAUGUUCCGAUUCUGUGAGGUUGGUUGGUGGUCACAGUCCCUGUAGAGGUCGAGUGGAGGUUCUUCACAGAGGUCAGUGGGGAACAGUAUGUAGUAAAGGCUGGGAUAUGACUGAUGCUGCAGUGGUGUGUAGAGAGCUGGACUGUGGAGAAGCUGUACAGGCUUUGGGUAGUGCUCAUUUUGGAGAAGGAUCAGAUCCAAUCUGGAUGGAUGAUGUGGCCUGUACUGGGUCAGAGUCAACACUGAAGAACUGUACAUCAAAAGGAUGGGGUGAAAGUGACUGUGGUCAUGAUGAAGAUGCUGGAGUUAUCUGCUCAGAAGUCAGAAUGGUUGGAGGUUCUCAGUGCUCUGGGAGGUUAGAGAUACUUCAUAAUCAGACGUGGAUGUCAGUGUGUGACGCUGUCUUUGACCAGCAGGAUGCAGAGGUUGUGUGUAGAGAGCUGGACUGUGGGGCUCCUGUACAGGUGCUGGGAGCAGCUGCUUUUGACAAAGGAGAUGCUCAGAUGUGGACACAAGAGAUUCAGUGCAGAGGAAAUGAAUCAAACAUUCGAUUGUGUCCAACUUCACAUGACAUACAGUGCUCUCAAGAAAACAGUGUGGGAUUGUUAUGUUCCGAUUCUGUGAGGUUGGUUGGUGGUCACAGUCCCUGUAGAGGUCGAGUGGAGGUUCUUCACAGAGGUCAGUGGGGAACAGUAUGUGAUGAUGAUUGGGAUAUGACUGAUGCUGCAGUGGUGUGUAGAGAGCUGGGAUGUGGAGAAGCUGUAGAGUUUCUGAAUAAUGCACACUUUGGACAAGGAUCAGGAACAAUCUGGAUGGAUGAUGUCGCCUGUAGUGGGUCAGAGUCAACACUGAAGAACUGUAGAUCAAAAGGAUGGGGUGAAAGUAACUGUGGUCAUGGUGAAGAUGCUGGAGUCAGAUGCGCAAAUCAUAAACAUUCUAGGCUUGUUAAUGGAUCUCACUUGUGCUCUGGGAGAUUAGAGAUACUUCAGGAAAACACAUGGUACACAGUGUGUGGCGCUAUCUUUGACCAGCAGGAUGCAGAGGUUGUGUGUAGAGAGCUGGACUGUGGGGCUCCUGUACAGGUGCUGGGAGCAGCUGCUUUUGGUAAAGGAGACGCUCAGAUGUGGACACAAGAGAUUCAGUGCAGAGGAAAUGAGUCUUAUAUAUCUUUCUGUCCAACGUUAUCAUCUCUCAAAUACAACUGUACCCAUGAGAAUGACAUUGGGCUGAUAUGUUCUGGUUAUACUGAUCUCAGGCUGAUAAAUGGCCCUGAUAUCUGUUCUGGACGAGUUGAAUGUCUGUACUUCAGUAAAUGGGGCACAGUGUGUGAUGCAUGCUGGGAUAUGAGAGCUGCCAGUGUCCUCUGUAGACAGCUGAAUUGUGGGAUUGCUGUGUCCGUUGUGGGAUCAGACUGGUUUGGAGAGGGAAGUGAUGAAAUCUGGGCUGAUGUGUUUGAUUGUGAUGGGAAUGAAACAAAACUCUCAGAAUGUUCCAUCUCUUCAUGGAGUCGAGCUGAAUGUUCUCACAGACGAGAUGUUGGAGUCAUCUGCUCUAAUUCCUCUCUGGCUCUUCAUGAUGGUCUGGUGCGUUUCUCUGGAGAGAGACCGUGUGAGGGGAAGCUGGAAGUUUUCCUCCAUCAGGUCUGGAGGAGAGUUCUGCUGGACUCCUGGAGUCUCACUGAAUCCUCUGUGGUCUGCAGACAGUUGGGCUGUGGCUCUGUGCUGAACUUCUACGGCUCCUCUUCAUCCAGUCCUGAACACAGUCAUGAGUGUGUGAUGGGCUUCCAGUGCUCUGGGAGUGAAGCUCAUCUGGGGAACUGCAGCUCUCCACAAACUCUCAACUGCAGCUCCACACAACAGCUGUACAUCACCUGCCUUGGUCGUGAGUCCAUCAGGCUGGUGGGUUCUGGGGGAGACUGUGAUUUUUCAUUAUUACUAUUUUAA